CGUGCGGCGACCGCGACCGCGACCGCGACCGCGACCGCGAUCGCCACCGUCACGAUUUUACGGACCUUGGCGAUUUUUUCACGCGCCGUUCCGCUAUCGAUCGUUGCCUCGAUCCUCCUCGUCGUCGUCGUCGUGGUUCGGCUCCCUCCUUGUCUACGAUGAUCCAUCGCGCGCGACCGGCUCACGAAGGAACCACGCUCGAUCGUCAGCGCGCGAUUUUCUACGCUGCCACGAAGAAUCAGCCGCAAAAGUCAUCUUGUGCAAGCCACCGCUGACACACCGUUCUUCUGGUUGCUCGUUUCGUUCGAGUCAGCCUCGACAGCUGUCUCGGAUGCCUCUUUGGUACGGAAAAAAGAGUCGUUCCGCAGGAAGAUGUCGGUGAAUCUGUUUCUCACGAUCAAGAAAUCCUAGACGAGUCAGCCACCAUCCACGCACGAACCGUCGACCGUCAUCACGGAACAGCCAUCGCGCUUCCGCCGCUUGUUAUUCCGUGAAUUAACGGCAGGUCACCGUUAAUUAAUCGACGUAUCGGCGCAGCAGCAACUAACGCCACAGCCUUUAUCGCUUGGAUCGGUCGAUCGAUCGCCCAAGAUUUCUCGACAAAUCCCUUCCAGACCACCAAGCAGAAAUUGCGAAAUCUCGAACGGAAAGUCCGAAGUGGAGGCAGUUAGCGAUAAAAGGGUCCAAAGACGAAUAUAUACGCAUUAGGAGGGACGAGGACGGAACGGCGACAGACAAAUCAAAGCGGAGGAAGCAGUGGAAGAGCGCGAAAUCGAGGGAAGUAGGGUUCGAAAAUCGAGCAAGAAGUUUCGCAAAGUGUCUAAACUCGGCGAAAUUGGACGCAAAACGACGACGAACCGGCAGAGGCAGGUAACGGGAUAGGAAGUUUGAGAAGCGACGUUGAAAGGGUCGUCAGAGCGGUGACGUAUUUCAGCGACGUGGCUGUGUAUCCAACGAACUCGAAGGGUAGAGGAGAGGAGGGGAGGAAUAAAAGGCGAACGUCGAAAAGCGACGAUAUCGAAUCGUAGGAAAAGCGCAACGGUAGUGAAAAAAAGUAAACAGCCCUGUGCGGGGGAGUGAAAGCCGUGAAAGCCGAGUGGAGGAAACAAGGUGACGAGUUAAGAGCAACGAAAGAAUCUCGACGGAGAGAAACGACCUUCGGGCUAGAGAUCUAAUAACAGGGAGACAGUAGGCUGGAGGGAAUACGAAGAAAAAGAAACAAGAUUAAGUGGUUGGGGCAGCGAAACGACGAUAAGGGGGCGGCGGCAGAGGCGGAGGAGCGAAUAAAGACGAGAAAUCGACGGUAGAAAAAAGAAGACGUUCGAUCAAAUGAAUAACCGAGCCGUGAGUGGGUGGAAGCAUGAGAAUUCUAAGUGGAUGUCUUUUCUCGGCCCGAUCAAAGUAUCCGGCUACACGUUACACAGGCCACCGGCACUCGCGUCACGUAUCCAGAUCCACUGAGGGGCAAAAAUGGGUGCCAACCAGUCGACACGGAACGAGCCUACUCCUGGGGAAGAAGUGAACUUCGAUCACUUUCAGAUCCUACGAGCCAUCGGGAAAGGAAGCUUCGGAAAGGUGUGCAUAGUGCAGAAACGAGAUCGUACUGGAAACAUGUACGCGAUGAAGUACGUGCACAAGGGUGAGUGCGCGAUGCGAGGUGCGUUGAAGAACGUCGCACGGGAAGUGGAGAUCCUCUCGCAGCUGGAACACCCCUGUUUGGUGAACCUGUGGUUCAGCUUUCAAGACGAGGAAGACUUGUUCAUGGUCUCCGAUCUACUGCUCGGCGGCGAUCUCAGGUAUCACAUCCAGCAAGAGGUCGUCUUCACCGAGGAAAGCAUAGUGCUUUUCGUUGCCGAGAUCGCUCUGGCCCUCGAUUAUUUGCAGAGUCACAAAAUCGUACAUCGCGACAUAAAACCCGAUAACAUUCUGUUGGACGAAGAAGGACACGCGCACGUGACGGACUUCAACAUUGCAACGGUAUUGGAGGAUGGAGAAUUGGCUACGUCGAUGUCGGGAACAAAACCGUAUAUAGCUCCGGAAAUUUACAUGUGUUCCUGCGAGGAAUACGGCGUUCUUGGCUACGGGUUUGCCGUAGACUGGUGGAGCCUGGGAAUUCUUGCUUGGGAAACCCUCGCAGGAGAACGUCCCUAUCCUCUCUGCUCCACUACGACGCACAGAGAGGCUUUGCAGAUCCUGCAGAAGGAGAGACCGACACCCGUCGACUGGAGCUCCGCGAUCUGCGAGCUGCUGAACAGGCUGUUAGUCGUGGCACCAGGCGCGCGAAUAUCGACGCUCAAGGAGCUGAAGCAAGUGAACGCGAUGAGGGAACUCGACUUUGACAAAGUGUUGAACAAGCAGAUCAAACCCUCGUUCACGCCGCCGAAAGAUCACCUGAACUGCGAUCCGACGUUCGAACUGGAGGAGAUGAUCAUCGAGACGAAGCCGUUGCACAAGAAGAAGAAGCGUCUGGCGAAACAAAGAUCUCUGAAAGUCGAUCAUCUCCCCGAGGACACGGCGAUCGGGCACGCGGAAGGCGCCGGACCGAGCGUCGAUUUCAGACGAUUGGCAUUCAUCCCGGAGUACCGAGUGUAUAAUCGGGAACGCGAGAUGGAGAGGCAGGAGAGGGAAAGGAAGGAGAAACAGUGGGAGGAGGAUUUGAACACUGCCAUGAAGGGUGCCGAAGAGAGACUGAAGACGAAACAACAGCCGGUGCAUCGACCCGGAAACCGACUGAGCGUCUCCACAACCAGCGUAAAGACACGCAUAAACGCAUCCCCUAGGCAAGGAAGACGCGCCAGCACCGCAACAUCGUCGGAUAUCGACUACAUCGAUGCGAGUCCCGAACCUUCCACGUCGUAAAUUUCUCCUGAGCAAUCUGUUGUGCACGAAAAAUAAACGCCGACGCGUAUUCUCGGCAAGAACAUUCUGAGACAAAGUGACGGUCGUUGGAAAUCACAUUCAGUCACCGAUUUUUAGCGUAUCGAGAAGAAUUUGAAAAGUUCUCGAUCGUGGUAAAUCGAUCUAGUCGUCCGAACGAUGGAUUUCUUCGGUUUGACGACUGGUUAGAAAGUAACGUGAUAAUCAAUAAGAGUAAGAUGAUCGCAGAUCCAACUUUUCGUCGUACUUUCGUUUCGUUUUAAUCUUCGUAGAGGAAAUGAUAUACUCGAAGUUUAUGAAAAUAUAUAGAAAAGAAUUACAAAGAAAUCAACGUUUCUCUGCAGAUAAGAUUUCUUUUUCGGAAAAAAUUAACUCGUACCUCGAACGAUUGAUCUCACGCCUCUUCUUCGUCUCUCAUAAGGAAAAGCGUAUCGUUUAUUUUUGUAAAGAACGAAAGGAGAAACACUCCCGACCAAAAGUAAAGCCUUUCAAGGACCAUUAUGCCAAACCGAAAACUUAGUGCAAAGAUAUAAAAGGAGGUACUGGGCACAUGGUCUUUCCUCUUCCUCGAACUCGCCACCUUUCCUUGGAAAGGGACAAAUUUCGAGCAAACGCACGGUCCAAGAAAUAAUCGGAACAAUCUUCUGUACGACUCGCACCUCGUUUUAAUCCAUAGUUUGUACCUACGUGCUGUUUAACCUCCUUCUUAGAGAGUUACGCAAGUUCGUGUAGUCUCGAUUCCCAUAAAUUUUACAACGUUAAAUGAAAUUUACAUCGUAAGAUCGUAGCGAUAUACAUACGAAGACUCGUAUCGUUCGAAUAUUUUAGCAAAUUACGAUUAACGUUACGAGGAUCACGCGUCGUUUCUCGAUUCAUAUCCUUGUCCAAUGAUACAUACCUGCCACCAUUUCGCGUAUACCUCGUGUCUUGUAUAAUAACAGAUCAACGAUCGCUCCUCUGAUAAUCAACCGACGAACACCAAGAACAAUGUAAUUUUAUAAAUAGCCGUUAAGAAAGAAUCCUACGCUGUAACGUGAAAUUAAACGAUGAUUAAACGAUCGAACCACUCGAA